GCAUGAUGUAUUAUUCCGUCUGAGGCAUGUACGCAGUUGUUAACAAGGUUUAGAUCUUUGGUCUGUCCAGGUUGGAUGCAGAUGCAUCAGCACUCGACAUUACCAACCAACAACCUCACCACGCCAGCACAACUAACCAAUAUAGUUGCCGACAUCAACAUCAACAACAUCUGCCACUAUGUCUGAUCGAACGGGAAUUUAUCAGGUGUUUCAUGGCACGUUCAUACAUUCGACGUCGCCAGGUUCUAUUGAGAUUGUUCACGAUGGUAUGCUCGUGGUAGGCCCUGACGGGCGCAUUGUGCACUUCCUUCAUAACAUCCCGGUGGAGGAAACCCGGACGGCUCUCGACGGCCUUAACAUUCUAGCCGGCGAGUACCGUAUAUCGGUAAUAUCGAGGGAUAAGAUCAAUCCUGGUUUCAUGAUCCCCGGAUUUGUCGAUACGCACAACCAUGCGCCUCAGUGGGCCCAAAGAGGCCUUGGGCGAGGUCUUCAGAUUCUAGAGUGGCUAGACACAGUUACAUUUCCAAAUGAAGCCAAAUUUGAGGACAAGGAUUAUGCCAGAAAGGUGUAUGAGUCGUGUAUCAACGGGUCCAUCAAACAGGGAAUCACCACAUCAUGCUACUACGGAUCACUGCACGGCGAAGCCACGAAAAUCCUAGCGGAUAUAUGUCUGGCGAAGGGCCAGCGCGCGUUCAUUGGGAAGUGCAACAUGGACAAGAAUAGCCCAGCCUACUACACCGACGCCAGCGCCGAGGAGUCGCUCAGAGUGACAGAGGACUUCAUCUCCCACGUCCGCAGCCGCGAUCCAACCUUUUCGCAGAUUACGCCCAUUAUCACCCCCCGUUUUGCCAUCUCCUGCACGCGAGAGCUUCUCAAGGGGCUCGGCAAGAUAGCGGCAGAGAACGCAGGUCUUCCCAUUCAGACACAUUUUAACGAAGCCGAGUCUGAGAUCGCAGCGACACUCACGCUAUUCCCCGAGUUUGACAAUGAAGCAGACCUAUAUGCCCACUUCGGAUUACUCACGAACCGCAGCGUCCUCGCACACUGCUGCCAUAUGACGCCUUACGAGAUGGAGCGCCUCAAGGCCCUGGACUGUGGAGUCGCUCAUUGUCCCAUCGCCAACACCACGGUGGGUGGAGGCUUCAUGGCAGCUCCGAUCCGCGAGUUCCUGCGCCGAGAUAUCAAGGUCGGACUUGGGACCGAUAGCGGCGGUGGUUUCUCAAGCUCCAUCUUGGACGCUAUGCGGCAGGCGUUCAUAGUGUCGAACGCGAGGGAGAUGAUGACCAAGGGCGAAGACAAGAGCCUCUCCCUCGAAGAGUGCUUCUACUUGGCAACACUAGGAGGGGCGCGAGUAUGUGGCAUAGAGCAGGAGUCUGGUAACUUCGCUAUUGGCAAGCUCUUCGAUGCGUUGCACGUCCAGAUGGCAUCGGUGGAUGGAGACAAACUCAAUUUAGCCAGCACUGGGAUAGAGGCUGGGGACGGGAUGAAAACAGUGUUUGAAAAAUUCAUGAUGACGGCUGACGACAGAAACAUUGUCAACGUGUAUGUCAGGGGGAAUAUAAUUCACAGCAGUUAGUUAAGACAUGCCGAAUAUCAUCACGUGAUCGACGG